AGACAAAGCCCCUGGCCGCGCGCUCACCCUCCCCCUCCGGCGCACCACACGGACAGUGGUGCCCGGAUGUCGGUGUCGCCGUCGGUGACAGAUGGCGCAGUAUCUGUAUAUGCGAGGGGCUUCUCCGGCUUGACCUCUUUGAGUUCUCGUCCUCUCCAUCCCCCGCUGUCCCCCACUUUUAACUCUGCCGUCGGAGGCCCGCACGCCUAUCACGGGCGCUUACAUAACGUGACCUUUCACCUCUUCAGACUGCCCUCUAGUGCGCUGCAACCCAACUACGCGACAGGGGCAGGGGGGCGGGACCCAGGCGCGGAGCGGCAGCUCCUCCGAGCCAAUAGGCUGUGAGCGCUGACCAGCUCUCCGCCUAUUGGAGCAUUCGCCACCGGCGCCACGGGGGAGCAAGUUAGUGUGUGCGUUGGCCGGGCCGGGGGGAGGAGGGGAAUCUCCCGCCAUUUUUCAAUAAUUUCCUCCGGUGCUGCUGAGGAGGAGUCGUGACUGCUGGCCGCGGGGACCCGAAGCGGAGGUCGGCGGGGGGCUGCUGGGAGGCGCGGCGGUGUGCGCGGGAGCUCUGCGCCGUGGCGUUCCGCUCCAUGACUGUCGCGCGGCCGCGCCGGCGGUGAGGGAGCCGGAGUUCGCGCCGCCCUCUCACCCCUCCCUUCCCCCACCCCACCCCCGGGCGCCUGGCGCUCGCUCCGGGCCGCGGGGCCUAGUGCUGCGCCGCGGGGCCGGCCCCAGCGGCCGCCAGUCCCCACCGCCGCCGCCGCGAUGGCGCCGCUCCUGGGCCGCAAGCCCUUCCCGCUGGUGAAGCCGUUGCCCGGAGAGGAGCCGCUCUUCACCAUCCCGCACACUCAGGAGGCCUUCCGCACCCGGGAAGAGUAUGAAGCCCGCUUAGAAAGGUACAGUGAGCGCAUUUGGACGUGCAAGAGUACUGGAAGCAGUCAGCUAACACACAAGGAAGCCUGGGAGGAAGAACAGGAAGUUGCUGAGCUUUUGAAGGAGGAGUUUCCUGCCUGGUAUGAGAAGCUUGUUCUGGAAAUGGUUCACCAUAACACAGCCUCCUUAGAGAAGUUAGUAGAUACUGCUUGGUUGGAGAUCAUGACCAAAUAUGCUGUGGGAGAAGAGUGUGACUUCGAGGUUGGGAAGGAGAAAAUGCUCAAGGUGAAGAUUGUGAAGAUUCAUCCUUUGGAGAAAGUGGAUGAAGAGGCCACUGAGAAGAAAUCUGAUGGUGCCUGUGAUUCUCCAUCAAGUGACAAAGAGAACUCCAGUCAGAUUGCUCAGGACCAUCAGAAGAAGGAGACAGUUGUGAAAGAGGAUGAAGGAAGGAGAGAGAGUAUUAAUGACAGAGCACGUAGAUCGCCACGAAAACUUCCUACUUCAUUAAAAAAAGGAGAAAGGAAAUGGGCUCCUCCAAAAUUUCUGCCUCACAAAUAUGAUGUGAAACUACAAAAUGAAGAUAAGAUCAUCAGUAACGUGCCAGCAGACAGCUUGAUUCGUACAGAGCGCCCACCAAAUAAGGAGAUAGUUCGAUACUUUAUACGGCAUAAUGCAUUACGAGCUGGUACUGGUGAAAAUGCACCUUGGGUCGUAGAAGAUGAAUUGGUGAAGAAAUACUCUCUGCCCAGCAAGUUCAGUGACUUUUUACUUGAUCCAUACAAGUAUAUGACUCUCAACCCUUCUACUAAGAGGAAGAAUACUGGAUCCCCAGACAGGAAGCCCUCAAAGAAAUCCAAGACAGACAACUCUUCUCUUAGUUCACCACUAAAUCCUAAGUUAUGGUGUCACGUACACUUGAAGAAGUCAUUGAGUGGCUCGCCACUCAAAGUGAAGAACUCGAAGAAUUCCAAAUCUCCUGAAGAACAUCUAGAAGAAAUGAUGAAGAUGAUGUCGCCCAAUAAGCUGCACACUAACUUUCACAUUCCUAAAAAAGGCCCACCUGCCAAGAAGCCAGGGAAGCACAGUGACAAGCCUUUGAAGGCAAAGGGCAGAAGCAAAGGCAUCCUGAAUGGACAGAAAUCCACAGGGAAUUCCAAAUCUCCCAAAAAAGGACUGAAGACUCCUAAAACCAAAAUGAAGCAGAUGACUUUGUUGGAUAUGGCCAAAGGCACGCAAAAGAUGACACGAGCCCCACGGAAUUCUGGGGGUACACCUAGGACCUCUAGUAAACCUCAUAAACUUCUGCCUCCUGCAGCCCUACACCUCAUUGCAUACUACAAAGAAAACAAAGACAGGGAGGACAAGAGGAGCGCCCUGUCCUGUGUUAUCUCCAAAACAGCUCGUCUUCUCUCUAGUGAAGAUAGAGCUCGUCUCCCAGAAGAAUUGCGAAGUCUUGUUCAAAAACGCUAUGAACUUCUAGAGCACAAAAAGAGGUGGGCUUCUAUGUCUGAAGAGCAACGGAAAGAAUAUUUGAAAAAGAAACGGGAGGAGCUGAAAAAGAAGUUGAAGGAAAAAGCCAAAGAACGAAGAGAGAAAGAAAUGCUUGAGAGAUUAGAAAAACAGAAGCGGUAUGAGGACCAAGAGUUAACUGGCAAAAACCUUCCAGCAUUCAGAUUGGUGGAUACCCCUGAAGGGCUGCCCAACACGCUGUUUGGGGAUGUGGCCAUGGUGGUGGAAUUCUUGAGCUGUUAUUCUGGGCUACUUUUACCAGAUGCUCAGUAUCCUAUUACUGCUGUGUCCCUUAUGGAAGCCUUGAGUGCAGAUAAGGGUGGCUUUUUAUACCUUAACAGGGUGUUGGUCAUCCUCUUACAGACCCUCCUACAAGAUGAGAUAGCAGAAGACUAUGGUGAAUUGGGAAUGAAGCUGUCGGAAAUCCCCUUGACUCUGCAUUCUGUUUCAGAGCUGGUGCGGCUCUGCUUGCGCAGAUCUGAUGUUCAGGAGGAAAGCGAGGGCUCAGACACAGAUGACAAUAAAGAUUCAGCUGCAUUUGAGGAUAAUGAGGUACAAGAUGAGUUCCUAGAAAAGCUGGAGACCUCUGAAUUUUUUGAGCUGACGUCAGAGGAGAAGCUACAGAUCUUGACAGCACUGUGCCACCGGAUCCUCAUGACAUACUCAGUGCAAGACCACAUGGAGACCAGGCAGCAGAUGUCUGCAGAGUUGUGGAAGGAACGGCUUGCUGUGUUGAAGGAAGAAAAUGAUAAGAAGAGAGCAGAGAAACAGAAACGGAAAGAAAUGGAAGCCAAAAAUAAAGAAAAUGGAAAAGUUGAGAAUGGGUUAGGCAAAACUGAUAGGAAAAAAGAAAUUGUGAAGUUUGAGCCCCAAGUAGAUACAGAAGCUGAAGACAUGAUUAGUGCUGUGAAGAGCAGAAGGUUGCUUGCCAUUCAAGCUAAGAAGGAACGGGAAAUCCAGGAAAGAGAAAUGAAAGUGAAACUGGAACGCCAAGCUGAAGAAGAACGAAUACGGAAGCACAAAGCAGCUGCUGAGAAAGCUUUCCAGGAAGGGAUUGCCAAGGCCAAACUAGUCAUGCGCAGGACUCCUAUUGGCACAGAUCGAAACCAUAAUAGAUACUGGCUCUUCUCAGAUGAAGUUCCAGGAUUAUUCAUUGAAAAAGGCUGGGUACAUGACAGCAUUGACUACCGAUUCAACCAUCACUGCAAAGACCACACAGUCUCUGGUGAUGAGGAUUACUGUCCUCGCAGUAAGAAAGCAAACUUAGGUAAAAAUGCAAGCAUGAACACACAACAUGGACCAGCAACAGAAGUUGCUGUAGAGACAACCACACCCAAACAAGGACAGAACCUAUGGUUUUUAUGUGAUAGUCAAAAGGAGCUGGAUGAGUUGCUAAACUGUCUUCACCCUCAGGGAAUAAGAGAAAGUCAACUUAAAGAGAGACUAGAGAAGAGGUACCAGGACAUUAUUCACUCUAUUCAUCUAGCACGGAAGCCAAAUUUGGGUCUAAAAUCCUGUGAUGGCAACCAGGAGCUUUUAAACUUCCUUCGUAGUGAUCUCAUUGAAGUUGCAACAAGGUUACAAAAAGGAGGACUUGGAUAUGUGGAAGAAACAUCAGAAUUUGAAGCCCGGGUCAUUUCAUUAGAGAAAUUGAAGGAUUUUGGCGAGUGUGUGAUUGCCCUUCAGGCCAGUGUCAUAAAGAAAUUUCUCCAAGGCUUCAUGGCUCCCAAGCAAAAGAGAAGAAAACUCCAAAGUGAAGAUUCAGCAAAAACUGAGGAAGUGGAUGAAGAGAAGAAAAUGGUAGAGGAAGCAAAGGUUGCAUCUGCACUGGAGAAAUGGAAGACAGCAAUCCGGGAAGCUCAGACUUUCUCCAGGAUGCACGUGCUGCUUGGGAUGCUUGAUGCCUGUAUCAAGUGGGAUAUGUCCGCAGAAAAUGCUAGGUGCAAAGUUUGUCGAAAGAAAGGUGAGGAUGACAAAUUGAUCUUGUGUGAUGAGUGUAAUAAAGCCUUCCACCUGUUUUGUCUGAGGCCGGCCCUCUAUGAAGUACCAGAUGGUGAGUGGCAGUGCCCAGCUUGCCAGCCCGCUACUGCCAGGCGCAACUCCCGUGGCAGGAACUAUACUGAAGAGUCUGCUUCUGAGGACAGUGAAGAUGAUGAGAGUGAUGAAGAGGAAGAGGAGGAAGAAGAGGAAGAGGAGGAGGAGGAAGAUUAUGAGGUGGCUGGUUUGCGAUUGAGACCUCGAAAGACCAUCCGGGGCAAGCACAGCGUCAUCCCCCCUGCAGCAAGGUCAGGCCGGCGCCCGGGUAAGAAGCCACACUCUACCAGGAGGUCUCAGCCCAAGGCACCACCUGUGGAUGAUGCUGAGGUGGAUGAGCUGGUGCUUCAGACCAAGCGGAGCUCCCGGAGGCAAAGCCUGGAGCUGCAGAAGUGUGAAGAGAUCCUCCACAAGAUCGUGAAGUACCGCUUCAGCUGGCCCUUCAGGGAGCCUGUGACCAGAGAUGAGGCCGAGGACUACUAUGAUGUGAUCACGCACCCCAUGGACUUUCAGACAGUGCAGAACAAAUGUUCCUGUGGGAGCUACCGCUCUGUGCAGGAGUUUCUUACUGACAUGAAGCAAGUGUUUACCAAUGCUGAGGUUUACAACUGCCGUGGCAGCCAUGUGCUAAGCUGCAUGGCGAAGACAGAACAGUGUCUAGUGGCUCUGUUGCAUAAACACCUUCCUGGCCACCCAUAUGUCCGCAGGAAGCGCAAGAAGUUUCCUGAUAGGCUUGCUGAAGAUGAAGGGGACAGUGAGCCAGAGGCCGUUGGACAGUCCAGGGGACGAAGACAGAAGAAGUAGAGAGGCAGGGCCGUGGUAAGGGAGCUGAGGUGGGGGGACAGCUAGGGAGGGUGGGAGGGAGGCGAGCGAGGAAGACCAAGAACCUGGAAGAGAUCGCAGGGAGUCCAGAAACGCCUGUCAUCCCAAGCUUAUGCUGUUUUUCUAAAAGCUCUUUAUGGGGCUUGAUAUUGGGUUGGUCUUUGUCCAGAAAUAUUAAGGGACAAAGAGGGCCAUAACCCUCCCUUCUGAGAGUUUCCAGGAGGAGUCCGAGGGUCUAGCUUUUCUGGUGAAGCCAGUUCCUGUUCCUGCCUUCUUUCCUAAGGGCCUGCUCGCUCUGGCUUCCACCACAAUGCCAAGUCCCUCUGGUCUCCAGGGGAGGGAUUGCUGUGUUACAUAGCAGAAUCGGGGUAAUCAGGCCAAUAGGGGAGAUGGUGGCGAUUUUUCUUUUUUAAUCUGUAUUUAUUAUACAGUCUUGUUUCUUUAAGCCCAUACUCUGUCUCUUCCCCCGUCUUCCUCUCAGGUGACAGUAUCAGUGAGUGCCAUACAGAAUUCUGUAUUCACCAGCAUCAUGAAACAGUUGUGGUCUUUUGAGUUGAUCUUGGCAGAGUAAAGGGACGUGUCCUGGAGCCAUUCCUGAAUCUCCCCUUCUUUGUGACAGCUCCCCCCCACCCCCCAAAAAAAUAAAAAAACACAAAAAACAAAAAAACAAAACUAAGGCACUUCACUUAGAGACUGGAGUCCUGCUUAUAAUCAUGCAUAUAACCUUUACUUUGAUGGAUCUGGCCAGAGGGGUGUUGGAGCCCAGCCCACCCACAUACCAGUCAAGCUCUUAGGGGAGCAGAAGAAAAGCAGGAAGAAUUUAAAUGUUUAAUUUUUUUUUUAAUUGACUUUUCUAGUUAUUAAAAGUUGCUUGUUUCAGCAGUGAUAUUGUAUAAAGAACAUCUUGUAAGAUACUCCUGACAUCUCGCUUUGGCACAUGUACAGUACAGUUUCUAUGAUAAUGUGUUUGCUCUAACUUCCCUGGCUUCUCCCUCAGCCCAUCCACUCUCCUGCAGAGCAGCUGGGUUGGAGGCUCAUUGAGGCAAGCAGCAACAUUGGAGGGGGAGCAGGGCAGUGCUGUGUCUGCUGCCUCCCAUGCCCGUUCUGACCUCAGACUUGGAACUCCUCAAGAACCUGAAGAUUCCAGUGGUCAGUGUCGGUGGGGGGUGGGAGGAGAGAGCAGCAGAGAAGCUCUGAGAGCCCCUUCCCCCACAACAAAUCUAGCUCUAGUUGUUAUAUUUAGGCAAAACUUUGUAGUCUUCUUUCCCUUUUAUGAUGGAUUUUGAUAAAAGUACAAAACAGGGUUUUCCUUUUUUAUCACCUUUGAAUUUGGAAAUUUUGAGCACCCAAGCUCUUCUGUACCUAUUUAAAGUCCACCAAGGGGACUGCAGCUCCUAGAACAUGAGAAUCAAGCCUCUUAAUAUUAAACUGCGGAAUGUGGCCUCUGCUUCCUCCGUCCUCCUGCCCAAGGACGACGAGGAUUGCUCCAGGGCUGCUGGGUAGUUUACCGUCCCUUCUAUAGGCAUGGAGUUGGCACUGACAUCACAGCUUCAUAACCCCACCACCGCCAGCUUCCCCUGCCUCCUACAUCCAGUCUGUUCUUGUUCAUAGUGAGAAUCCUGUGUUCCCACUUCAGUGACACCUGAAUUGUUUGUUGUUUUUUUUUUUUUAUUGUCUUUAAAGAGGAAGGGCCCCAUUAAAGGGUGAACUUGUAAUAAAUUGGAAUUUCAAAUAAACCUCAUGUACUUGUGUUUAUAAAGAAGAAA